AUGAUCUGGCCGAAUCGUAAUAUUUAUGAUGGUCAUUGGUUUGACAGCAAGAUGCAUGGAUCAGGUGCAAUGCUGUAUGCGGAUCGCAGAAUAUAUACUGGUGGUUGGUUAAAUGGUAUGAAAUCAGGCCCGGGUAUCAUGAGUUGGCCUAAAGGCGAAAAAUGUGAUGCUGAUUGGAUUGAUGAUAAAGCAGUUUGUGAUGCCAUUUGUGUUCCACAAUGUUCGAAUGGUGGAAAAUGCACUGGACCAAACUCUUGUACCUGUACAUCAUUAUGGACUGGACCUCGCUGUGAAACACGUAUGUAUUCAUUUUUUGUUCACUUUACUAUAAAUGGAUGUAGGUGCAGGUGUGAAUUGAGAGUAUAGAUAAUCACACCCAUACGCACACCCUCAAUUCAAAUCACUUUUUUUAUUGGCAAAUGUUCUAAAAUAUUUCUUGUUUUCAAAUUUUUAUCUAACAAAGAACAAAUCAGCAGAAUCUUUUAAUCAUUUUUCUUUUCAUUCCUUUUCUUUUCGAAUUAGAUUUUUCUCAAUUUGCUUCAGAAAUGAAUUAUCUUUCAAUAAAAAUGCAUUUUCUUGAAAAUUUUCAUUGUAAAAAAUACAACUUUCAAAUACUUUCUUCAUUUCAUUUUACUAGAUUUUAUUCAAAACUAGAGGCCCCUGUGAAGAGAUAAGAUUUCAUAUUAUAAGGAAAACUGACUCAGUAAAAAAAUUAGUAGUGUCAAACUUGAAAGUUGAAUUCAAUUGUUCACUUCAAAUAUUAAACUAUUCUCUUUCUAUAUUUCUCUUCCCUCCAUCGCCGCUGAUAUCCUGCUUACUCAGUUACUCCUAUUCCCCUUACUCAUAUUAUCCCUGUGCUCUACGCUCACCUAUUCCCCUGUGCUCUACACUCACCUAUUCCCCUGUGCUCUACACUCACCCAUGUCCCCUGUUCACUCCCCCUCCCCAUUGUCACCUUCUUGCAGAUCGAUAGUUGAAUGCUUAAGUUCAAGUGUGAGGCGUAGCAUAUAUGUAAAAAGUCUGGAUAAGAAAAAACGUUUCAGAAGAAAACUUGUAAAUUUUAGUAUAGAUUUUUUAAUUUUAUUGUGUCUUAUUCUUUCCUUUUGUUUUGUUUUACUUUUCUAUUUUGUCUUAUUCUCUUAUUUUAUUUUAAUGAAUGGGCAGAUAAUAAUAAUAAUAUAGGAUAGUACGACAAUGUAGACAGAUGCUCAUCGCCGGCUAGUCAUAUAUGUAUAUAUGUAUAUAUUUUUCUUUUCGUUCUGUCUGACCAAUCAGACAAAAGUUCCGGAACUGAAACUUUGUACAUUAUAAUAUAGAUUGAACAAAAAAAAUCAUAUUCUGUUUGAUUUUUCAUUAAACAUGUUUAUGAUCAUUUCAUUCAAAUUUAAUCUGUUCCUUUUCUUCUUCUUUUUCUUUUUCCUUUCAUCAAAAAUCUUUUGUUUUCAUUAUUUGCUAGAGCUAAAAUUCAACAAAUG